AAAGAUUUAUUAAAAUAGGACAGCAAAUCAUAUACACAACAAUCAAACACAUAAAGACAUGAAAUGUUUUAUGUAAAUAACUCAUCAAAAAUUGGUCCAAGAUGUUGACCGCCACCUCACAGUCUUACUAUAUUAGCUGGAAGACCCUUAAAGCGUAAGGAGACAUCUCCUGCAUCUAAAUAAACAACACAAUUUUCCCAUAGCAAAAUAAAUCCCAAUAAAUAAACAAAUUAAACAAUAUAAAAUAACAACCACUCUGUCAACCUCAUCUGGGGCAAAUUCAAACACACCCAAAUUAAGCAGCACUAAAUCCCGCCUGCUUUUAAAACAAGGCUUACACAUCGAGGCCUCUUCCCCAGCGCCUGUUUAAAAAGUCUUGGGAUAAUUAGCCAACCACACCCCCUACUGGUAGGCGCUUGCCUGGCUACAAGUACAAGUUUUCUAACAUUAAGCCUUUCUUCUCUGUUCUGUUUAAAGACUUUAUAAGAACAUUUGAGAAUUAUUUUAGUUAUUUAACUCAGUACCAACAGAAACGUUACUCUAACUGUUUAACUGUGGCAGAAGUAGAACGCGUUACUUACCGGAUUGUGUAGAGCAUCACGUGACAACCUGAACACCAGGAGCUCCUACACCAGCUUCUCAGCCUGGAUUUCAACCAUAUUCUUUGUUACGGUUUUGUUUUUCGCUGAAACUUUCUAUAUUAUUAUUAUGUGAAGUCACCGGAGUGUCUGUAGAAUCAUCAAUGUGAACAUCUGCACACAUUGAGGGCAUCAUGACCUGGGCACUGGGUAUUCUGUGCAUCACUACUUUUUUGAACUUUAAAUUUCCCAUCUCAGGUCCUCUGUCUGCAGCUGAUAUCCCUGUGUCUGGUUAUGUGGGUUCUACAGCUGUCCUGCCGUGUGAACUGCAGACUGUAGACACUGAAACACCACAUAUUAUGUGGACCAUCGAUACUGAGACUGUGUUUGAGCGACGGGGUAAGGAGACAUAUGAGGGUGAGGGAUAUGAGGGCCGUGUGGACGUUCCUGAGGAAGAGCUGAGGAAAGGGAACUGUUCCUUGGUGUUAAAACACCUGAAACUUAACGAUACAGCUGACUACAUGAGCUACGAGAUGAGAGGCACCAGGAGAUUAAACAGGGUAAAGAGAUCUGAAACACCAAAAAUAAAGCUGAUCAGCAGUGUUCAUCUCUCAGUCAAUGAGCUCCCUCCUAAAGAAGACAGAAGUAUUACUCCAGUUCCUUCAGCUGAUCCAGGAAUGAAGUGUCCUCAUCUACUGGUCAUGGUCUUGUCCUUCAUCUGUUUACUCAUCCAGCUCUUCUGACUAGAAGUUGUGAUGCUCUCCAAUCUGUCAGAAGAUCACACAACAGGAGCUGACUGAGCUAAAAUAGUACUUAAAAGCAUUUUUGUCCGCAAAGGGGAAAUUCUUUUCCACAACAUUGCACUUGUUCGAAACACACAACAUAAACGGUCAUAAUACACACAUGUCAAGAAACAUUCAAAAUAACACACAGCGAUGUCUAUUGUUAAGGUACUUAAUGACUGAGGGAAUCAGGCUUCUUCCAAAGCGGGCCCUCCUGCUCCUCAGAGCCCUGAACCUACACCCUGAGGGCAGUGGGGUUAGAUACUCAUUUAGCGGAUGUGUGGAAUCUUGUUCUAUUGAAAUGGCAAAGCGUCCGAUAGCUGUGUUAUUGAGUUCUAUAAGGUUAGGUGUUGGAAGACCGCUAACCACUAAACUAACACUUUGUUGAUAUGUUUUCUGUUAAAAAGGUCUUGCAAGAGGUUUUUUUUUAUCCGUUUGAGAAGCAUCUGCCAUACAAGUCCUCUCUAUCACACUCUAAAAAAAAAAAAUACGCUGGCUCGAGUUAAAAAAAAAUUAAGGUAACAAUUUGCAUGCUUCUUUUUAAGUAAUUUUAACUCAGUCACUCAUAAGUAGAUAUCAUGAUCCUUUUAUAGUUAGACUAAAACAAUUCGUUUAGUACAACCAACAUGUUUUGACUUAAUAUGACCAAAAAUUUGAAGAGGUUAGAGGUUAAGUGGUCAAAUGACAUAAUUUAAGUUAUUCUAACUUCAUUUUGAUUCCAUUCUACUUAGACAUGACCAUGCAAAUUGUUACCUUUUUUUUUGAGUAUAAGUAACUUAUUUCACUUCAAUCAGAAGAAAUAACACAGCAAUUCCAGUUUUAUGAUGAAACUGGUUUAUUAUAAAACCAAUAUCAACUUAUGUCCAAAAAGUUAAUUAUCCAGGUCUGUAAAUGGAACAGUUUUAACAAAUCAGAUAGCUAUCAGAUCAGACAAAACACAUGAAGUGACCAGGUGUAAAAAGUCCCUGAGUGAGUGAGUGAGUUUCUCACCAGUCACCAACCUCACUACAUAUCAGUAAGCACUGGUGUCUCCUUGCAUUCAUGUGACUGUGAAGAGUGAAUGAAUGGUUUCUAUGGAAACAGUAUUCUAUUAUAUAGAUUUUGAGAAUUCAAAAGGUUUUUAUCCAAACUUUUGAUCAAUAAUUCUUGUGCACUUAUGCAACUUAGCUUAAACAGAAAAAUGGAAACGUUAACUUUGCUGGGAACUGUCCUUAUCCUCCUUGACCUUUCAGCAACUUAUGCAACUUAGCUUAAACAGAAAAAUGGAAACGUUAACUUUGUUGGGAACUGUCCUUAUCCUCCUUGACCUUUCAGCAACUUAUGCAACUUAGCUUAAACAGAAAAAUGGAAACGUUAACUUUGUUGGAAACCGUCCUUAUCCUCCUUGACCUUUCAGCAGCGUUUGAUACGGUCAACCAUAAGACUCUCUUAUCCUCCCUCAAGAGUCUUGGGAUUUGCGGAUCAGCUUGGGAAUGGUUUGCCUCCUACCUGGA